GUAAACAACUUGGAUACUUAGUGUCGUGCGUUGGAUCGUGUAGCGCGGGAUUUGUUUUUGAAGAAAAAUGUCUGAGUUGAAGUAUCUGUCAGGCUUCGCCUCUGAGUUCUCAUCGGAGGACCCUCGGCGGCCGGGCGCCCUGCCGGCGGGGCGGAACUCCCCGCAGCGCUGCGCUUACGGCCUCUACGCGGAGCAGCUCUCGGGCUCCGCCUUCACCGCGCCGAGGAACGAGAACAGACGCACCUGGUUUUACAGGAUCCGACCAUCUGUAGUGCACAAACCCUUCAAGCGUCUAGAUGUCGCAAAACAUCUCACCCACAACUGGGACGGACAGGAGCCUGACCCUAAUCAGUCCCGCUGGUUGCCCUUCGACUUGCCAACCACCCCAGUGGACUUCGUAUCGGGCCUGCAUACAGUGUGCGGCGCGGGCGACCCGCGGGCACGCAACGGACUCGCCAUACACGUCUACCUGUGCAACAAGUCUAUGGAGCGCAGCGCCUUCUAUAGCAGCGAUGGAGACCUCCUCAUAGUGCCCCAACAAGGCACGCUGCGGAUUACGACGGAGUUCGGCAUUAUGGAGGUGGCUCCCAACGAGAUCGCUGUAGUUCAGCUGGGCAUGAGGUUUGCUGUCGCCGUGGAUGGGCCAUCAAGGGGCUAUAUCCUAGAGGUGUUCGACGGGCACUUCAAGCUGCCAGAUCUGGGUCCAAUCGGAGCCAACGGCCUGGCCAACCCGCGGGACUUCCUCACACCCGUCGCUAAAUAUCACGACGAGGACAAUAUCGAUUUCACAAUAAUCAGCAAAUAUCAAGGUGCGUUGUUCGCGGCACAGCAGCGCCACUCGCCGUUCGACGUAGUGGCGUGGCACGGCAACUACGUGCCCUACAAGUACAACCUCGCCAACUUCAUGGUAAUCAACUCCGUGUCCUUCGACCACUGCGACCCUUCAAUAUUCACGGUGUUGACGUGUCCGUCGACGAAGCCCGGGGUUGCCAUUGCCGACUUCGUCAUCUUCCCGCCGCGCUGGUCCGUGCAGGAGGAUACUUUCCGGCCACCAUAUUAUCAUAGGAACUGCAUGAGCGAGUUCAUGGGGCUGAUCCUAGGCGCUUACGAAGCCAAGGAGGGAGGGUUCCUGCCGGGCGGCGCCUCGCUUCACUCCAUGAUGACGCCGCACGGGCCGGACGCUCAGUGUUUCAAUGCUGCCUCGCGAGCGGAGCUCACACCGCAGAAGAUAGCUGUAGGGACUCAGGCCUUCAUGUUCGAGUCGUCACUAAGCAUGGCCAUAACCAAGUGGGGAGCAGAGACGUGUCAGAAACUAGACGCCAAGUAUCACGAGUGCUGGCAGGCGCUUCCUAAACUCUUCUCGGAUAAGAUCAACAUUUAGAAUAAAGUUUCGCAUAAUAGUUGAUAAUGAAAUGAGGUAGAUGAUUGAGCUGAUGAAAUGCAUCCAUCUUUAUCUUAAGCACUGAUGGGACGGUUAUCGCGUGAUAAUGGCAUGAUAGACGAAACAACUUUUUCACAACCGCGAUAGAAAUAGACACGUUAAAAGAUCCUGUCAUUAUCAUUGUCACGCGUCCGUAAUGAAAAUAUGAUAUUAUUUAUUAUGUCAUGAUCAUGAUGUUAUUAUUGUUUUUAUGUGUUACGUGUACAAACAGCAACACUCUUAACUGUCCAUCGGUGCACCUUAUGCCUUUUUAAUAAGGUUUACAAACUGUCAGUUAACAGUGUGGGCGAUGGUACGAGUACUACAAUAAUAAUAAUAAAUUGGAUCAAGGGUCAGAUGCAGAAGGCGGUGAUCUUGGACACGGCGCGGAUAGUACGUCGGUUCCUCUCGCUGCAGCCCUGACCACCGGUAGCUUGGGCUUUGCCCCGCUGCUGGCGGUUAAGUUUUUUAUAAUGUGUUUAUAUGUAUUUUUAUUGUUUUGUAAGUGUUUUUAUAUUUUACUUUUAUAUUCAUAUUAUAAAAACCCUAGCCUAAGAAGGAUAAAUAAUAUAAAUCAUAUAUAGUACUACAAUGUAAUAAAAUAUUAUUAGCUAUUUUAUUUUUGAAACUUAUAUGACUUUGUAAAAAAUAUAAUAAGAAUAAUAUUGUUGUGUUUUCAAUUAGUAUUUAUAGGUUAAAUAAUUAAGAAAAACUGUAGGAAUUUUUUUCUUGGUACUGGCCCGCUUCUCAUGAGAAUAUGACAUUAUUUAUUAUGUCAUGGACGUCAUGAUGUUAUUAGUUAUUACUUAUUACGUGUACUACAAUGUAAUAAGUACACAUCGGUAACUCGUGGCAUUUAGGUAGCACUUAAAAGAUUAGUGAUGAGCACACAUCGGUAAC